AUGCGUUGUUCAAUUGACGAUUCGUGGAUACCUUCCGGAAACGUGAUUAUGAGUUCACCAACACAGGAGAAAGGUGUGGCACUGGAGCUCGGUCUACGUGUGCGUGACGGCUUCUCGAAUCCUUUGCUUUCACUUGAUGAGCCGAUAUUGCCGCAUAACCCUAUUGCACACAUCGCGUUUGAUUUUGAGACAAAAUGUGCCGAUGACAGCUGCGCUCUCUAUUUUAUUGAAGUAGGUUUGGACGCUUCAUCGGACUCGUACUAUCGCAUUAUCGCUGAUUUUAGUGGAACUCAGCGGUAUCAGUCAUAUUUUUUUCCGAUUAUUUCAGCAAGUCCAACGCAGUUUCUCUUUGUUUUUAUAAGGUAUACAUUUUGA